ACAAAGUCGACGGACUUCAUUAGUUUUGCGAGAUCAGUCUGUGGUCCUGACCUAUGCAGCCCCUUCUGCCUUCUCUUAUACUGCUCCUUGGCUCUUGAAACAACACAGCUCUGUUUGUUUUCUGUACUUCAACUUGAAUACCAGCACCCUGCCCUCUGCAAGGAGUGUUCAAGGUUCAGGAAGAUAACGAGAGGUGAGUGGCUGACGCAUAGCCCGUGUUAUGUUACCAGAGGCUCAUAUCAGAUUACGGUAGACAGCAGGUUGGGUGAAACUGCAGCUGUAUUCAGAUCGUCGUGGCUCGAACAAACCAGGAACUGGGACUAACAAAGGAGUUUUACAGAGGCUAAAGACGCUAACCGGGGUCUUCCUGUUGUUUUCAGAAGAGCGUUACCAUGGGGGAGAAGACACAACACCGCCUGCUGCUUCUGCUGUGUUUGUCAGGGCUUGUUCACUCUUCUGCUGGCAUGGUGUUUUGGACAGCCGUGGUGGAAAUAAGCUAUGCGAAGAAUGACAACGAGACUGUGGACAAAUACUGUGAGUGUGGGGUGUACGGCCGCAACUCUCCGCUGGCCAAAGCCUCCGGUAUUGUUACACUUCCCAAGGGAGACCCUAAAGGCUGUGGCCCGGAUCCUGUGUACAACCGCAACUCCAGCUCGCCAGCUUGGAUAGCCCUGGUGAAAAGAGGCAACUGCACCUUCAGCGAGAAGAUCAAUGCUGCCAAAAGUCAGGGGGCAUCUGGCGUGGUGGUGUACAAUGUGGAGGGCAGUGGCAACAGCACCACUCACAUGUCACACUCAGAUGCCCUUGAUAUUGUGGCUAUCAUGAUUGGGAACACUCAGGGAAUGGAGAUAUUCAAGCUGGUGAAAAAUGGGACGGAUGUUCACAUGCAUAUUGACAUGGGCAGCCCUCACGGACCCUGGAUGGACACCUACUGGCUUUACUUCCUGUCCAUUGCCUUCUUCAUCGUGACAGCAGCCUCCAUCACCUACUUUGUGUUUAUCUCUGCGAACCGUCUCUACAACCUGGGCAUACACAGGCGCGCUGAGAAGAGGCUGAAAUCUGAGGCGAAGAAGGCGAUCAAGCGCCUACAAGUGCGCACGCUCAAGAGAGGGGAUGAGGAAACCGCCUCCGAUUCCCACAUGUGUGCCGUGUGUAUCGAAUCCUACAAGGCGGGCGAAGUGGUGACGGUGCUGACAUGCGACCACAUCUUCCACAAAGCCUGCAUCGAGCCCUGGCUGCUGGAGAGGAGGACCUGCCCCAUGUGUAAGUGCGACAUCCUGAAAGCCCUGGGGGUUGAGGAGGAGACGAAGGAGACCCUUUCUGUCGAGUCGCCACCAGAUGCCACUGUGAUCACAGUGACAGGAAGGGAGCCCAUUUAUGAAGUCCCACUGACUGACACAGCGGGCCCUGACCCAGAGAGACAUCAGCAUCUCUAUGACAACAGGGCCUUCGAGGGCGAGUCGGAGGCUGUGAGAGGAUGAACAACAACAGCAGCAGAAACAAAACAGCACCAAACCACGGCACACUUAAAUCCCCUGUUUGAGAUAUUUAUCUGGGAUACAUUACCAGCACAGUGGAAUCAGACUUGAUCUUGAUUUUCAAAUGCAGGCAUGCUGAACGAAAUCUUAAUGGACCAAAUGUGUAAUUAGCUGGGAUGCCUGUGCAUUUUUCUCGCUGUUUGUCUGUAAGUUGUAAGUGUGUGUUCAUAAAGUUAACUUUCAGGUGCUUUAGAAUAGAUUCUGUAAACUGAGUGGUCACGCAGCGCUGCCAGUGUCAAAGUGCUGUUUUGCAUAGUAAACACAGCAGCUCGACACCGGUUAAAGAGGAAGUGCAGCAGAGCAUUUGAAUAUACGUCUGAAAUCGGGGCCAAAUUUUCUUCCACAGGAAACGUGUAAGCUUGCAUUGCUCACAAUUGACCAUCGUCUUUUAAAUUCACAGCGGAAUUUGUUUCCUUUAAUUCAGUUAAUUUGAACAAUAUGACCUUCUGUCUCCUCUUUUUUUUUUGUUGCUGUCAGGUCGUCAGGCUGGUAACACAAACACACCCUUAUGAACACACCCUUGACUGGUAAUGCAGGAUGACACACAAUGCACCUUGAUGAGUGUAUGAUAUCACCUGAGGGGCCGUGACUCUCCGAACAUGGUCUGUAGGAACAUGUUUACCGCAAAUCCCUUUAUAAUUUGAGAGCCCUCAAGAAAUAGAAAGUCCUGUAGUUGUGUGACAACGAAUGUCAUGUGAGAAAUGUUUAUGUGUGUUGGAAACGGGGAAAUCAUCUUAAUGUGUACGUUUUUUUUUAAUUAUAUGAAUGUUGAGAGAGAUUUAUUGAUCAUGAAGUUCAAUCUGUUGAUAUCGAGGUAACACUGUGUAUGAAAAGUUCUUCUCUAAAUUAGUUAUUCUUGAACAGGUCUUCCAGUUUCCUUUUAAAUUAUUUAUCAUGGAGUUUAUUCAGUCCUACCUCUGAACUCUCUCAUGUGUAAAUUUUUGAACAUGUCUAAGAUUCUUGCAAUGCAGAGAUGAAGUGUGUCCCUCUGAAAAUGAUAAAGCUCAUGACUUGCUCGGUUUCUUUGUCCGCUGCUGGGGAUACGCUGCUGAUUAUGGUACCUAAUAUAUAUUUUUCUAUGUUGAAUCAUUUUCACGGCUGUUGAACAGAUUCCAGGAGUCUUUAAUUGUUCUGUAAAGAUGAAUGUAACUUUCUGUAUUGAAUCACAUUGAUGCUUAUUAGAAAGCAAUAAAUCCCUCAAAAUGAGGCCAAAUGGUA